AUGCCUGUCGGAGGUAUGCCUAACGAGCCCAGUCGCUCAUCCGACUCGCUGCCCGCGGUUUGUUCAGACAAGGACUGGGAUAAUUCCCCCGCAGGGCUUGCAAGAAAACAGUGCCGCGGACUGUAUGAGCUGUGGGACAAGAGGGACAGCAAGUACGAAGACAUACGGCUCCAAUUCGCUCGCAACAGGUAUCGGACCCGGCAAUACUACGAGGGACAGAUACUACUAGCACAAAGGAAGUAUGAACAGGGCAUGGGCUGCUGCAUGCUCAAGCUGUUCUUUGGCCGGCUUUUGCGGCGGGAGCUCAAAAGUAUUUGCGAAAAGGAGCAGAACGCGAUGAACGUCCUCCUCAAGGGUGAAACAAUCGAACGGGUGGCAGUCACGAACAAGUUUGCGGAUUGGGAGGAGAACUACAUCAUACAAUGCAGAAAGGAAUGUGCGAGAAGGUAUCCUGCAACUCCUUUUUGGUACGAUGAGCAGGAGGAGUUGUCGACUUCGGGCGACUAUGAAGGAUCCAGCGUCUCUGCGCAGUCGUUCGCUUAA